AUGGGGGCGCGUCCACUCUCCUCAGCGCACGCCAGCGGCGCCGGCCAGCGCCCCUGGUCGGUAUUCCGCCGGCUGGCGCCGCGCUACCAAAUCGUGGUAGCUUGUUUCCUGGCCACGUUUGUUGCUUACGUCGAACGCGUCGGCUUCAGCAUAGCUUUUACAGAGAUAGCGAAAAGCGCGGGCGCGGGGGAGGCGCUCAAGGGGGCGGUGCUGUCGGCGUUCUACUGGGGGUAUGGCGUGUCGCAGAUUCCGGGCGGCUGGGCGGCGCAGAUCUACGGCGGCCGCAUCAUGCUGGUGAUCUCGUUCGCGCUGUGGUCAAUCGCGUCCGUCCUCACGCCCGGCAGCCUCGCUGGCGGGACGCGCGGCGUCGUCGCGGCGCGUGUGUGCGUCGGCGUCGCCCAGGGAUUACUCAUCCCGGCGGUGCACACGGUGCUGUCGCAGCCCAGCCCGCCGGCGCCAGCGCGGCCGACCAGCGUAGCGCGCAAGGGGCGGACUGCGCCGACGCCGUGGCGCCGCAUGCUGCGGUCGCCGGCGGUGUGGGCGAUCGUGGCCAACAACUUCGCCUUCCACUACGCCUUUUACGUGGUCAUGAAUUGGAUGCCCACAUACUUCAGCGCGGUGUUGAAGCGCGAUCUGUCAGAUCUGGGCCCGAUCAAGGCGCUACCGUACCUGGCCAUGUUUCUCACCAGCAAUGCGGGCGGCUGGGCGGGGGACUGGCUGAUCAACAGGAGGGGCCUGUCGGUUGCGACGGCGCGCAAGGCGGUGAACACGGCAGGCAUGCUCGCCUCGGCGGCGGCGCUGGUGGUGAUGCCGUCGGCCCAGGGCGUCUGGGGCGGCGUGCUGCUGUCGACCGCCACGCUGGGCGCGCUGGGCUUCUCUCGGGGCGGCUUCAGCGUCAAUCACAUGGACAUCGCACCAAAGUACGCCGGCAUAGUAAUGGGGCUGUCGAACACGGCAGGUGCCUGGCAAGGUCAAGAGGCAUCCAAUGCUGCCGGCAGCUGCGAAUUCCUGCGAAAGACAAAGCUGUGA